UUCUCGGUCUGCGGGCUCUAGUGCGCAGACUCCAGCUUCUCAUCAGUAUAGGGGACUCAGCCUGUCAGUCGGUGUAUUUUCUUCGGUUCUGGUUCGGUUCUGGGAGCGUUAAUAGAGCUUUUAGGGAGCAGCAGCAGCAGUCGGUGAAGCCUGGAGGAAUUCAGGCGGGUUAAAGCUGAGCUGGAGCUGCGGAGCCGCAGUCAGCGGAGCGUCUGGAGGGGGGAACCGCCGGAGAUGUGGGGACAGCAGGUCCAACAGGGACGGGAUGCUGCAGAAGAAGACAGGCACAGAGACAUGGACGCCGCUUUCAGCCUCUUGGUCCAGCCGCACAGAUCAGAUGUUCAGGAGAGGCUGCUGGUUAAAGAAGAGGCUAAUGAAGAGCCGAGUCCUGGUGGAGACCAGCAGGACGCAGAGCGUCUUCACAUCAAGGAGGAAGAGGAGGAAAUCUGGAGCAGCCCAGAGGAUGAAGAGCUCAGUGUGAAGGAGGAGUCCGAUCCUACCAGGUUUCCACUCACUGUGGUUCUUAUGAAGAGUGAGGAUGAUGAAGAUAAACCUCUGUUCUCGCAGCUUCAUCAGCCAAAAGACGGAGAUCUUCCAACCAGCAGCUCAGCUGGCCAGAUGAAAGCAGAUGAAGAGGACGGUGGAGCAGCAGAGUCCAGCAGGAACCCAGACCUACACACUGAUGGAGACACUUCCUGCUCUUCAGAGACAGAGGUCAGUGAGGAUGAAGAGGAGGAGGAUGUGAACCAUCCUGGUUCUCAUCUGAAACACCCACCAGACUCCGGCUCUGAAACCGAGGACAGUGAGAACGACUGGAAGGAAACUAGAGCUGCAGAGUCAGGAGGAAACGCCGCCAACAAGUCGCUGAGCUGCUCCAAGUGCAGUCAACAGUUCAACAAGUCCUCACUUCAGAGACACACAACCUGUCCUUCAAAAGCAAGACCUGCAGGCUGUUUGGGUGGCAAGAAAAGUGUUACAGAGAAGAAAACUGUUGAGUCGCUGAGGAACAUCCAGACAGGGGUUAAAUGUUUUACCUGUGAUGACUGUGGUAAAAGUUUUAACUGGAAAAACAACAUAAACGUUCACAUGAGAAUCCACUCUGGAGAGAAACCGUUUGGUUGUGACAUCUGUGGCAGAAGAUUCAGCCAAAAGUCCCAUUUAAACAUUCACACCAGGAUUCACACAGGAGAGAAACCGUUCAGUUGUGAUGUUUGUGAACAAAGAUUCAGUGAUAAGUCCCAUUUAAACAAACACAUGAGGAUUCACACGGGGGACAAACCUUUAGGUUGUGACGUUUGUGGACAACGCUUUAGUGACAAGACGAGUUUAAACAGACAUAUGAGAAUCCACACAGGAGACAAACCGUUUGGUUGUGAUUCCUGUGGACAAAGAUUCAGUGAUAAGUCGACCUUAAAGAAACACAUCAGGAUCCACACAGGAGAGAAGCCAUUUGGUUGUUACGCCUGUGGGAAAAAAUUCAGCCUAAAGGGAAGUUUAAAAACGCACAUGAGAAUCCACACAGGAGAAAAACCUUUUGGUUGUGAUGUCUGUGGUCAGAGAUUUCGCCAGUUGUCUAAUUUAAAUGCGCACAGCAGGAUCCACACUGGAGAGAAACCAUUUGGCUGUGUUGUUUGUGGAGAAACAUUUACCCAGACGUCCCAUUUUAACCGACACAUGAGAAUUCACACAGGAGGGGAAAAAUAUACCACUAGUAAGAGCCAGGAGGGGUGUCUCAGCAGUCAAUCAAGCUCCUGUACGUGCUGCCCAACAACCUUCCUCUGCUCAGCGUUUUCCAUCACUCAAGCUCAAGACUGCUGGUGUGCUGCAGCUGUGCUAAUGGCGGAGAGGGAACCUAACGUUGCAGGAAAACUGCCAAUUCCUCGAGUGGCGGCACCUGCUCAACAAAUGAGGAGAGGUAGGCGGAAGAAGUCCAAAGAUGAAAAGCAAGCUCAAAAGAAAGAACUGGACCGAGCCCGGAAUAAAACGAGGAUAAACAUCGGAGCGGCUUUUCUGAGGUGGAGGGAGCUACUCUACCUGAAACGCUUCAAAUCCGAUGCAGAGUUAGCCACGUUUCUGCUAGACAAAUGUGAAGUUGGUGCUUUGACUUCUUCAGCUACAACCAGCCAUCGGACCGCCCUGUCCUGUUCUGUCCGCAGCUCAUCAUCAGAUUGCAUUUCAUCGCUGGACACUCAUGAUGACAUCAAUGAAAGUGACUUCAAUCACAUUCAGAACUGUGUCAUCGACUGGGCUGGGGACUGGACCCGGGCUCCGCAGGACGACACUGGAGACGUUUCAGCUUCAGAGGGAGAGAAUAGCAUGGGGGAAGGCAGUUACCAUGACGACACUGAUGAUGAAGAGGAGGAGGAUUACAUGCCCCCUGUAUGCGUUCGCGCCGCUGGUGCCGGUGAACAGAAGUUACCUCUGGAUGCUCUUCCGGCCGUCGGCAUGGAGGACACAGUUCAUGACACUCUGGUCACAGAGUCAGCCGAGUCCCAACCGGUCCAGAGUGAGGAUGACAUCACCAAUCAUCCGGCAGCCAUCACCUACCAUGUCUGUCUGAUGCAACUCGCUCGGUAUCUGCUGCUGCCCAUCCCAGUGUGUACGGCUAAAGACCCGGUGACACUGGCUGAGUGUCAGGCAACUGGACCAUUCCAAGUCCAGAUCAAGUCCAGAGGAACAGCUGUCAUCAUGCAGUGGAUGUGUCCUAACAAUCACUGUGUGUGGGAGUGGAACUCCCAGCCCACUUUCAAAGACGGGAUGCAAGCUGGCGACUUCCUUUUGGCAUCAAAUAUCAUCCUGUCUGGCAACUACUAUGCCAAAGUUGCAUUGCUUUUCAAGUUUAUGAAGUUGGGAAUAGUGGAUUGGUCAACCUUCUUGAAAAUACAGGACACCUACUGUGUUGGAACCAUCAAGGACUUUUGGGACAGCAGCAGAGCUGACGUCGUGUCCAGGCUGAAGUCAAAGGAAAAUGUUGUUGUACUUGCUGAUGGUCAUAUGGACAGUCCUGGGUCGUCUGCUCAGUUCUGCACCUACACCAUCAUGGAGAAUGAAACCAAAGAAAUCCUAUCAAUAGUCAACAUUGACAAGGGAGAGACACAGAGGAGUUGUGUGGCGAUGGAGAGGGAAGGCUUCAUCAGGAGCUUUGAGCAGAUCCACCAGGAGGUUAAACUCACUGAAGUUUGCACAGAUUCUCAGUCACAGAUAUCAGCUCUAUUUGACCCAGUCAAAGGAAAGUAUAAGGACAGCGGCGUGCUGCACACUCUGGACAUGUGGCAUGGUUCCAAAAACUUGGCCAAGAAGAUGCAUGCAGCAGGGCAGCAAAAGGGUUGCUCCAUCCUGCUGCAGUGGAUCAAAGAUAUCUGCAAUUAUUUCUGGUUCUGCUGCAAGAUGACUGAAAACUUUGAUAACUUUUAUGACAUGUGGGCUGGCCUCCUUAACCAUGUAACAGGAGAGCACGAGUGGCCCCUGGACGCCGGCCAGCGUCCGUCUGGGGAACGCAGAGACAAGGCAUGGAUAGAAAACGGGUCCGUGGCCCAUCGGGCCUUAUCGGAAGUUAUUCUGAAUCAACGCUGGCUUAAGGAAGUACACAAGUACUUACACUUCAGGUCAACAGCUGAGCUGGAAUCUUUCCAUAACCACAUCCUGAUGUAUGCCAGCAAACGCUUCAGCUUCAGCCGUCCGGUCUAUGAAGCCCGGAUCUUCCUGGCUGGCCUGGAUUACAACCACCACGUUCACAGACCGCCCAGGAGAAAACCCGACGGCUCCAUACAAUAUCGCAAACUUUAUAACAAGAAAUCCAGAAAGUGGUGUUUGUAUGCUAUAAAGGAGGAAAAGGACUACCGCUACAUCCCACAGCUUCAGAGGGCCAUUGUAGGGAAGCGGGUGGCAUCGGGGCGUGGUCUCCCUCGUCUCACUGCCGCGACACAGAGCGACCCUCGUCAGUACGGCGUGCUGUUCGUCGCACCAGCUUCCAGCACGCAGCAGCCAUUAAAGUCACAAGCCAGCAGGGGCCAGAAUGUUCCGCAGAUUGUGGUUGCUCUAGAAGAGGAUGUUGAAGAGCUGAGUCCUGCUGUGGACCAGCAGAAACCAGAAGCUCUCCGCAUCAAGGAGGAACCGGAUGAUGAAUCUCAGUUCUCACAGCUUCAUCAGAACCAAACAGAAGGCCGGUGUCUUCCAGCCAGCAGCUCAGAUGACAAGAUGGAGACCGAUGAAGAGGAAUCCAGCAGGAACCCAGAUCUACAUUCUCCUCAGGACACUCGUGAAGAACAGAUUCCAGGUGUGGACCAUCAGGAUCUAAAGCUGCUUCACAUCAAGCAGGAAGAGGAGGAACCUUGGACCGGCCUGGAGGGAGAGCACCUCAGUGAGAAGCAGACGGAUCCAUUUCCACUAAAUGUCGUUCUUGUGAAAAGUGAGCAUGAAGAGAAACCUCUGUUCUCACACCUCCAUCAGCCAGGAGACGGAGAUCUUCCAACCAGCAGCUCAGCUGACCUGAUGAAAGCAGAAGAUGAAGAAGAGGACGGUGGAGCAGCAGAGUCCAGCAGGAACCCAGACCUACACACUGAUGGAGACACUUCCAGCUCUUCAGAGACAGAGGUCAGUGAGGAUGAAGAGGAGGAUGAUGGUGAUAGUGACUCUGAAUUUGGUGAUAAUGGUGGUGAUGACAGUGAUGAUGUUGGUGGUGAAAGUGAUGAAGCGAGCCAUCCUGACUCCCAGCAUCAGCGCAUGUCAGACUCUGGAUCUGGAACUGAGGACAGUGAGACUGACUGGAAGGAGGGCAGAGAGUCAGGAGGAAACGCCGUCAGUUCAUUGAGUUGCUCUGAGUGCGGUAAACGGUUUGUUAACGAGCGCUCUCUGCAGAGACACAGGACCCAUCAUUCAACAGGAAGGUCUUCACGCCGGGCAGCUAAAAGUACUAAAGGGAAGAAAAAUGCUAACACACUAAGUCCAGGGAAAGUCCAGAGUGAUGUCAAAUUAUUCACCUGUGACGACUGUGGUAAAAGUUUCAGUUGGAAAAAUCAUCUAAGCAGGCACAAGAGAAUCCACACAGGAGAGAAACCGUUCGGCUGUGAUGUUUGUGGACAAAGAUUCAACCAGAAUUCUAACUUAAACAAGCACAUGAGAAUCCACACGGGAGGAAAACCCUUCGGUUGUGAUGUUUGCGGACAAAGAUUUAACCUGAAGUCAUAUUUACACAUACACAUGAGGAUUCAUACAGGAGAGAAACCGUUUGGUUGUGAUGUUUGUGGACAAAGAUUUAACCAAAAAUCCAACUUAAACAAACAUGCCAAAAUCCACUCUGGAGGAAAACCGUUUGGUUGUGAUUUCUGUGGACAAAGAUUCAACCUGAAGUCAUAUUUAAGCAAACAUGUAAGAGUCCAUACAGGGGAGAAACCAUAUAGAUGUGGUGUUUGUGAUCAGAGAUUCAACCUAAAGUCACAUUUAAACUUGCACAAGCUAACCCACACAGGAGAGAAACCAUUCGCUUGUGACAUCUGUGGACAACGUUUAAUACAAAAGUCUGCUUUAAAGAAACACAUGAAGAUCCACUGUGAGGUAAAAUCAUUUGACUGCGAUGUGUGUGGACGGCGAUUCAACCAGAAGUCGGCUUUAAAAAGACACUUGAGAAUCCACACAGGUGACAAACCUUUUGGUUGUGACGUUUGUGGGCAAAGGUUUAACCAGAAGGCACAUUUAAACAAACACAUGACCCUUCACACAGGAGCCAAACUGUUUGGCUGUGAUGUCUGUGGACUAAGAUUUAACCUAAAGUCACAUUUAAUCAAACACAGUAACGUCCACAGGGAUGGAGAAAGUGUUCAGAUUUAAAUGUUCACAGCUGUUAAAGCUUUAAAGUUCAGCCAUUUUAGUUUUGAACCACGAUUCUUUAAACUCUACAAUGCAAUAGGUUGCUAAAAACAUGUGGGAUAUGACAGCACACAUCUUUUCUCUACAGAGCAACAGACUUUAUAAAAACGCCAUGCCUGCUGCCGUCUAAUCAAAGGUUUCUUCAAAAGAAUGCCGGUGCUUUUUGUUUAAAUCUGUUUCUAUGAAAUUGACGUAAAUAUAAAAAAAUGUUUUUGAGCAUUGUGAUUUUCUUAAGCUUUUGUUUUUGUCGGUGUGUUGUGAGGGACAAACGUUUUUCUGUCAGAUGUUUGCAGUUGAGUCGAUGUCCUUGAUGUCAUUCUGUCGUCUGCUUUUAGUAGAAAUGUUUGUUUUUUCAAAGCUGCUUUUCUGUCUGGAGGAACCUCUAUGUGCCUCAUAUCUGGACACAAACACUUGUUUUGCUCUGCUGCCUGGAUGGUCAUAACUGUCAAACUGAGGACUUCAUGUGGCGUGAUUAUCAGCUGAAUAUGAAAAAGUAUUUCAUAUCAGAAGUUCUGUACAUGUAAGAAUAUUAAAGAACUUCCUUUGUUGGACUCUUGUGCAACUUGUUAAAAUUUAUUUAUACUAUAAAAACAAGACUUCAUUUCCGUUGCCUGACAUUGAAUCAAAGUAAACCUUUUCUCUUCAAGUAGGAUGAUUAGAGCUUUUUAUAUUUGCCAAAUUUCAGAAUAAUAAAUGAUUUUAAUCUCUUCACUUUGA